AUCUUAAAGGUUUUCUCGAAUGUAGACGAAAAUGAAAGCCUAAUGCGGUCGAUGUCGAUAAAAGUGCGUGCGGGAGAAAAUCGUUCGGUAUUAUACCUUGCCUUUGGACCGAUUUUUUUUUUUUUUAUUUUUUCUCUUCUACUCGUUAACACAAUCCCUAACACUAUUUCACAAACAUACGAGGAAGUGGAUCUUUCUUUAGAGUUUAAAUAGAGUAAAAGAAACAAUGUCCCGAUUUAUGAUUAUUAUUACAAAGUGAUAAUAUAACAAAGUAUAAGACAAAAUUAUACGGGAAAUUAUUAUUGGUAUUUGAAAUAAAAUAAUUGAUCUUUGGCUGGCUAUUAAUUUGAUGCUGAAGAAGAUGUCGAGUUGCGCGACGAAGUGUUGAGAUAAGUUUAACCUUUGUACGAUAUGCAGUCUAUUUAUUGGACCGGGAGGCUGUUGUCUCGUGCGAUAUGGAAUAGCAUAUCCAAUUAUUCGGCAUGUGCUGAUCCCAACGUUAACAAACGACGCGAAGCCUCAUUCAUUUCAGCUGUUUGUGGCUUCCCCAAGGAUUUUGCGCGAGGUCGUGUUAGGAAAGGACAAUUUGGAGAUGACGCUUGGUUCACUGCCAAAUUCAAGGCUGUCGAAGUAAUUGGUGUAGCCGAUGGUGUAGGAGGAUGGAGACACUAUGGAAUAGAUCCAGGCGUAUUUUCCAGUUUUUUAAUGAGCACAUGCGAAAGGCUAGUCUCAAUGGGCAAAUUCAAGCCUUCUGAACCAGCUGGUUUAUUAGCACGUAGUUACUAUGAACUAUUAGAAACUAAGCAACCAAUUUUAGGUAGCAGUACUGCAUGUGUUAUUAUUCUUAACAAGGAAACAAGCAGCAUCUAUACGGCAAAUAUAGGAGAUAGUGGUUUUGUAGUUGUGAGAAAAGGCGAAGUCGUUCAUCGUUCUAAUGAGCAGCAACAUUACUUUAAUACUCCGUUUCAAUUAUCUCUCCCUCCUCCGGGUCAUUCUGGUCUUGUACUCAGUGACAGCCCAGAAUCCGCAGAUACUUCUAGUUUCGGAGUAGAAGAUGGAGAUGUAAUACUAUUAGCAACAGACGGUGUAUUCGAUAAUGUGCCUGAUCAGUUGUUAGUCACGGAGAUGCGUAAAGUAGAAGGAGAAAGGGACCCAACAAAGUUACAGGGUGUUGCCAAUUCGAUAGCUUUUAUGGCUCGUAGUUUAGCUUUCGAUGGGGCAUUUUUAUCACCCUUUGCCCAAAGUGCUAGAGAAAAUGGUAUCGACGCAAUAGGUGGUAAACCUGACGAUAUCACGGUGCUCUUAGCAACAGUGGCAAUCUGAUAUGAAAAAGUGUAUGAUAGAUCGUUAAUCAUUGUAUUAUAGUCCAUGUCAUUGCAUAUAUGUAUCACUAGAUGAUACAUCAUUAUAUUCCAUUAUAAUGAUCAUCUAUUAUUUAAAUUUAAAUAAAUAGUUUUAUAAAUCACCUCAUAUAUAUUUACGAUAUCAGUUUCUUACAUAUUAUCAUAAAACAUAUAUUCGGAUGGAAAUUUAAAAGAAAGAAAAAGUGUGUAUAUAACAAGUACAUUCAAAUUUUAAAUUAUCGAUAUUUUUUGUUCAAUUAUUUUUCGAGUAAAAACGUGAGAACAAAAAUACGAAAUAGGGAUGUUAAUCAUGAGUGUAGUAUACAGUGGCUUUGUAUAGCCGACCUUUGUAUUCACUUGUCUCUUGUAAACUCAUAGAUUUCCUAAUUGAAGUAUGUAACUUUGCCUUGUUUCAUACUUUGCCUGAUCGAUAUAAUUAUCUCAUGAAUUAAUGGACUUUACAAAAUAACAGUAACAUAUAUAAUAAUGUAUAGAUAAAUAUAUUUCUUAUUAUAACGAAAAGAGAAUGAAAAACGUUUCAAAGUAAAGGCUAAAUUAAACAUAUUAUUAUAUUAUAUUUGAAAAUUUAUAAUCAUAAUAUUUUGGCUUCUCACAGAUAGAAAUUUAACUCUAACGACACAAUAAUGAGAUCAGAAAUCAAAUUUAUGUAAAUUAUGAAAAAUGCAUUAUUUUUCUUUAACAAUUUGAAUACAUCACAGUGUUUUUAUAGGAAUAUUUAAAAAUAAAAAUAGUUAAGAUGUAAUGAACAAUUAUUUGGCAAUAAGUAGCUUACAAAACGAUUUAGUAAAUACUUAUUAUUACGCUUAUAAAAAAUGGCUUUUAUUUUGUUUUUUGACGUACACAAAAAUUUAUUACUUUCAAGUGAGCAUCAGUAAUGACUACCGUUUGUAGGAACAAUUGUUAAUAACGUAUAUACUACAGAUUAAAAUUGAUAGUUCCUAUUUUUAUGUACACAUUGUUAAACAUAUUUUGUAUUUAUCAAUGAGUAGGUUGUGUGUAUUUUAUUGAUAAAAAUUCAUAUUAGUAAUCAGACUGAUAUUCAUUAUUGUGUAAAUGCAUAUUCUAAAAUAAUUAUACGAGCAUAGAUGAUUAUUUCACAAUAUUUUGUCCAUAUUUCAAUAUCGUGAAUCAUGCGUCCCUAUUUUCAUUUAUUUCUAUUAUUCAUUUAAUAAUAUUAAAUGAUGCAAUCUCAUUGAAUAUAAUGUCUUGGAAAAAUUUGUUAUUAGAAAUUUGUUUACUGAUCAGAAACGUUUACUUCUGUGAUGUAUUCUGUAUAUUAAAUCCUAUUAUCAUAAAGUUUUUUUACAAUAUGACAUGAAAUAAAUUGAUAUAAUAUCUAGAUUAUAUCUAUGAUACAUUAUAAGACACAUAAGA